CUCUCUCCUCCUUUUGUCUUCUCUCCCUUCUUUUUUCUCCGGCUCCUCUCCCUGGCCCCACCCCGGGCCUCGGUCAGGUGCCCUCCAAAUGGGGCCAGCUCUGCCUUUGCUGCUGCUGCUGCUGCUGCCGUGGGGAGCCGAGGGUGGGGGCGAGGCGGGCGCUGGGAGCCCAGGCAAGAAGACCCUAAGCCUGGCGGGGGACCUGGUUCUGGGCGGGCUGUUCCCGGUGCACCAGAAGGGGGUCCCGGGGGCUGGGGGGAACGGGGAGUGCGGCGGCCCCGUGAACGAACAGCGCGGGGUGCAGCGCCUGGAGGCCAUGCUCUUCGCCCUGGACCGCAUCAACGGCGACCCGCGGCUGCUCCCCGGCGUGCGCCUGGGCGCGCACAUCCUCGACAGCUGCUCCACCGACACGCACGCACUGGAGCAGGCCCUGGACUUCGUGCGCGCCUCCCUCAGCCGCGGCGCCCCGGGCUCCCGCCACGUGUGCCCCGACGGCUCCUACGCCAUCCACGGCGAGCCGCCCACAGCCAUCACCGGCGUCAUCGGCGGCUCCUACAGCGACGUCUCCAUCCAGGUAGCCAACCUCCUCCGGCUUUUCCAGAUCCCACAGAUCAGUUAUGCGUCAACCAGCGCUAAGCUCAGUGACAAGUCCCGUUAUGAUUACUUUGCUCGCACGGUGCCUCCAGAUUUCUACCAGGCCAAGGCCAUGGCUGAGAUUCUCCGCUUCUUCAACUGGACCUAUGUCUCUACUGUGGCCUCAGAGGGUGACUAUGGGGAGACUGGCAUCGAGGCCUUUGAGCUGGAAGCCCGAGCCCGCAACAUCUGCGUGGCCACUUCGGAGAAGGUGGGCCGAGCCAUGAGCAGGGCUGCCUUUGAGGGGGUGGUUCGGGCCCUGAUGCAGAAGCCCAGUGCCCGCGUGGCUGUGGUGUUUGCUCGCUCGGAGGAUGCCCGGGAGCUUCUGGCGGCUGCCCAGCGCCUCAAUGCCUCCUUCACCUGGGUGGCCAGUGACGGCUGGGGGGCCCUGGAAAGUGUGGUGGCCGGCAACGAGGGAGCAGCAGAGGGGGCCCUCACCAUCGAGCUGGCCUCCUAUCCCAUCAGUGACUUUGCCACUUACUUUCGAGCCCUUGAUCCGUGGAACAACAGCCGGAACCCUUGGUUUAGAGAAUUCUGGGAGCAGAAAUUUGGCUGUAGCUUCCGCCGGCGGGACUGCGGGGGCCACUCGCUCAAGACGGGACCCUUUGAGCAGGAGUCCAAAAUCAUGUUUGUGGUCAACGCUGUGUAUGCCAUGGCUCACAGCUUGCACAACAUGCACCAGGCCUUGUGUCCCAACACGACCCAUCUCUGUGACGCCAUGCGGCCGGUCAACGGGAAGCGGCUCUACAAAGAUUUCAUGCUCAAUGUCAAGUUUGAUGCCCCGUUCCGCCCGGCCGACACCCACAGCGAGGUGCGCUUCGACCGCUUCGGCGACGGCAUCGGCCGCUACAACAUCUUCACGUACCUCCGCGCCGCCGGCGGCCGCUACCGCUACCGGAAGGUGGGCUACUGGGCCGAGGGCCUGCGCCUGGAGCCGGGCCUCAUCCCGUGGGCCUCGCGCGCGCCGCCGGCCUCGCGCUGCAGCGAGCCCUGCCAGCAGCACGAGAUGAAGAGCGUGCAGCCCGGGGACGUCUGCUGCUGGCUCUGCAUCCCCUGCCAGCCCUACGAGUACCUGCGGGACGAGUUCACCUGCGCCGACUGCGGCCUGGGCUUCUGGCCCAACGCCAGCCUGUCGGGCUGCUCGGAGCUGCCGCAGGAGUACAUCCGCUGGGGGGACGCGUGGGCCCUGGGCCCCGUCAGCCUCUCCUGCCUGGGCGUCGUGGCCACGCUCUUCGUGCUCGGGGUCUUCGUGCGGCACAACGGCACGCCCGUGGUGAAGGCCUCGGGCCGCGAGCUCUGCUACAUCCUGCUGGCCGGCGUGCUGCUCUGCUACGCCAUGACCUUCGUGCUCCUGGCCAAGCCCUCGGCGGCCGUGUGCGCGCUGCGCCGCCUCGGCCUGGGCACCGCCUUCUCCGUCUGCUACUCGGCGCUGCUCACCAAGACCAACCGCAUCGCGCGCAUCUUCGGCGGCGGCGCCGGCGCGCGCCGCCCGCGCUUCAUCAGCCCGGCCUCGCAGGUGGCCAUCUGCCUGGCGCUCAUCUCGGGCCAGCUGCUGGUGGCGGCCGCGUGGCUGCUGGCGGAGGCGCCGGGCGCGGGCAAGGAGACGGCGCCCGAGCGCCGGGAGGUGGUGACGCUGCGCUGCAGCCACCGCGACUCGGGCAUGCUGGCCUCGCUGGCCUACAACGUGCUGCUCAUCGCGCUCUGCACGCUCUACGCCUUCAAGACGCGCAAGUGCCCCGAGAACUUCAACGAGGCCAAGUUCAUCGGCUUCACCAUGUACACCACGUGCAUCAUCUGGCUGGCCUUCCUGCCCAUCUUCUACGUCACCUCCAGCGACUACAGGGUACAGACCACGACCAUGUGCGUGUCUGUCAGCCUCAGCGGCUCCGUGGUCCUAGGCUGCCUCUUUACUCCCAAGCUUCACAUCAUCCUCUUCCAGCCACAGAAGAAUGUAGUCACCCACCGAGCACCUACCAGCCGCUUCAGUGUCACGGCUGCUGGCUCCAGCAUCUCCCACGGCUCUGGCUCCCAGUUUGUCCCUACGGUAUGUAAUGGCCGGGAAGUGGUGGACUCUACAACUUCAUCACUCUGAGGCUGAGCCCCCAAACAACCCAGCUCCCUGGUUAGAGAUGGGGAGAUAGCACAGGGCCUUAUUCCCAGGACCCAAGCAGAUGAACAUUGGAACAUUGCAAUAACCCCAAAUCAUCUCAUUUCUCUAAUACCCAAACAUUGUCAUCUCCCCUAAUCCCCAUGGGUUGUUAUAACAACCUAAACCCAUCCUACUUCCCAACUUUGGCCCAAGGUCAGAAGCUGCUGGAGAAUGUUGGGAGCAUGGGGUGCCCAAGAGAUCAUAGCAUUGGCUUUGUUUGACCCAAUAGUGUCAAAUGGAAACCCUGAGAGAGGGGCUGGGGUUAGAGAGGUGGAUUUGACAGAAGUAGAGAUGCUACAGAUCUAGGAUCAAAGGGUUUAUAUUAGGGAGGCAGUCCCCAAAUGGGAAGGAAAUAGAGGAGCCAGGUUCUCCCCAGUCUUUGCUACAUCAAAGUUGCUUCCAGCUCUGGGUCGAACUCCUAAUCCCUACUUAUGUCCUAGGGCUUUUAAUUUUUUAUAUAAGUUAUUUUAAGGGUGGGAGGAGGGAGCACCUAGUCUUCCUGAAAAAAUAAUGUAUCCUGUGGUUUAUUUUGUAAUUUCUGUAA